UAUUUGCAAACUUCUGUAACUAUUCAAUCCAGUGUAAAACGGGUUUUUAACUGAUCGAUAGGCUCAUCUUGUAAGCGCGCCACCUACAGUCUUGUUAAUUGCCUAUUGAGCCGACUGCUGAAAGGCUGUAAAAUGUGAGCAAUGACAGAUGGUUCAGACCAAGAAGAAGAAACCAUAGAAGCAAGUUUGAGACCUUUGAGAGGCGGAACUUUAUAUAGUAUUACAGGCUUAAUCGUGAGAGGGGGAAUCCAUCACCACAUGUCCCAGCCACUGCUGUCGAGGAUGAGCGACAGUGGAAUCACGACAGGGACACCAAAUCAACACGUGUCCAUAGGUGACAGAGCAGGAACAUCUGGAGGGCCGUCUAGACUCUCUUCCGCAUUGGUUAUGACAGGGGGGUUAGGUCAGACUCGUAGAGGUGGUGGCGACACUCAGAGCCCCCUGUUGGGGGAUGAUAGAACUAAUAAUGAAGGUGGAUUCCAUGGUUCAGUUGCUAGAAUCUCAGAGAGACAGGCAGAGUUUUUUCGCUGUAUGAACGGGAUGAGGCAAAGAGAAGAGAUGACAGAUGUUAUUCUGAUAGUGGAGGGACAUGAGUUUAAAGCGCACAGGGUAGUGCUGGCAGCUUGCAGCAGCUUCUUUCAUGCCAUGUUCACGUCCAAUAUGACAGAGGCCCAAACAUCGAGGGUCGAGCUGCAGGAUAUUUAUCAUGGAACAGUUGAGGCGAUAAUAGAUUUUGCAUACACUGCAGAUAUUCAGUUAAAUGAUUCCAAUGUUCAAGAGCUCCUCUCAGCUGGAAAUCGUUACCAGAUUCAGCCAAUCAAAGACGCAUGUUGCCAUUACCUAACACAGCAGCUGAGUGCAGCAAACUGCCUUGGGAUUAAAGACUUUGCAGAUUUUCAUAACUGCCCUGAGCUGUGUGAAGCUGCCAGUAACUUUGCAUAUCUGCAUUUUAGAGAGGUAUGCCAGGGAGAGGAGUUUCUGAAACAGAGGCCAGAAUCUGUGACUGACUUGUUGUCUAAGGAUGAAUUGACUGUGAAAUGCGAAGAUGAGGUGUAUGAUGCUGCCAUACGCUGGUUAAAGCAUGAUUUGCCAGCAAGGUUCGAGCAUAAGGAGAGCAUUCUGGGAAGGAUUCGUUUCCCGCUGAUAACACGUCACUACUUGACUACUCAUGUCCAGCAUGAGGGCCUGUUACAAGAUAACUGUGACUGCUUGAAGAUGAUCAUUGGAGGAAUGCAGUAUCACUUACUUGGGGAGGAGGAGAGACGUGCAGCAGAGACGGUCUCCACUGUGACACCACGCAGGAAGAAGUACGACUUCCAGAUCGCUUGUUUUGGAGGCUCAGAAACUGGUACUUGUCAGUACUUUAAUCCCAAGGGACAGUGUUGGUCCAACUUUCCACCCAUGCCCGAAAAAAGGAACGGUCACUCAGCGGUCAACGUGGGCAGUUGUGUGUACAUCAUUGGUGGAUCGUACCAUUUCCCCAUGACAAGGAUACACAGGUACAGCAUUGCUACGCAGAGGUGGGAUUCUGUUAAUGCCAGACUUGAGGACGGCCGGGAGAACCUUGCAGCCUGUGAGCUGGAUGGAAAAGUGUACAUCUGUGGAGGGACAUCAACACAUGGAAGCACUUCUCACAGGACCACAGAAUUAUUUGACCCUUCAAGAGAUCACCUGUCUUUCCUAAAACCUCUGAUCCACCCGCGCUUUGAGCACGGUCUGGUGGUCUGUAAGGGCUUCCUCUACGCCUGUGGGGGCGCUAUGAGCAACAACAGGCCCCUUAAACUGUGCGAGAGAUUUUCUACUACUUUGAACAAGUGGAUAGAGAUUCCUCCCAUGCACUUUGCCAGGAAAGGUUUGGGGCUGGCAGCAGUGGAUGGAAAGAUAUACGCAUUUGGCGGCCAAGAUGAAUUGACUGUGCUUGACACCGUGGAAUGCUACGACCCUGUUUACAACUUGUGGACUUUCUGUGCCAAGAUGCCAUACCGUCUUUGCCAAGUGAAGUCCGUUGUCAUUGGUGGAUCUAUCUGGAUCCUUUCAGGAAUGAGAGACUCCAGUCGAUUGGGCAAUGCUCUGGAAUACAAACCAGCCGAGGAUCGCUGGGUGUUUCAUUACAAUACCAGAUCUACCAUCAUGAAUUCUGUUGCUACAGUGACUGUGGACACGUGUGUUGUAUAAUUUUUUUUUAUUGAUUUUGGAAAUUAUGAAUUAAUGAAGUUAUAAAUAACACUUACAUCUCAGAUGAAAAAAUAUUGAAGUUGCAGAGUUAAAACAAAGUUAAAACAUUUGUUGAAAAACAGGGACUGGUUUUCCCAAAGUUAGGUUCUUUAUGUUUGUAGCAUUUCAGUUGCAGCUUCAGUUGUAAAUUCUUACAACAGGAGUGAUAGAAAUGGUAGGAACCGUAGCCCAUUCCCCAUUACAGGUGACAUUUGUCCCAUGCACUAAGCCCAAUACUCCGACUGACCCUACCUGUACUAAUCACAUGGGACCCCAGACAUCCAUUCCUAGGACUACCAUUCCUGUCACACCGGCCUGAAGUAACCGAUCAUUAUUGCCACCAAUCAGCAUGUGUCACAUCAGUGGGCUAGAUAUAUAUAUGUACACAGGCACGGCAAUAGAUCAAUUAACUUUAAGUUGAAAAUAUUUUAAGUAGAAAAUGAAAAAAAGUAUGUGCAAACUUCUCAUCAACGAUAUUUAUUUUUAUUUUUAUUUUGGAGGUAAACGAAUCCUGUUUGAUGUAAAUAUAAAUUUGCUAAAGCUGCCUCUGAGUCUGUCUGCUGCGAAACAUUGCCUUUAUUUUGGUAUUGGAAUAAAUAUUGUAAAGCAAAUGUUUUUUUUUUUU